UUUCUCCACCCAAGACAACAGCUUCCCACCGCGCCCCCGCUCUCCCAUCUCCCCUGUCCACUCCCCUCCGCAUCUCUCGGCCGGCGUCCGCAUCGCACCACUCGCCACGGCUUCGGGCAUGGCCGCGGAGGCGGAGCAGGGCUUCCGCCCGCUUGACGAGGCGUCCCUGGUCGCCUACAUCAAGGCCACGCCAGCGCUCGCCUCCCGCCUCGGCGGCGGCGGCUCCGUCGAGAUCAAGGAGGUCGGCGACGGCAACCUCAACUUCGUCUACAUCGUCAAGUCCAGCUCCGCCGCCAUCGUCGUCAAGCAGGCGCUCCCGUAUGUGCGCUGCGUGGGGGACUCGUGGCCCAUGACGCGGGAGCGCGCCUACUUCGAGGCCUCCACGCUGCGGGAGCACGGCCGCCUGUGCCCGGAGCACACCCCCGAGGUCUACCACUUCGACCGGGCCAUGUCGCUCAUGGGGAUGCGCUACAUCGAGCCCCCGCACAUCAUCCUCCGCAAGGGCCUCAUCGCCGGCGUCGAGUACCCGCUGCUCGCCGACCACAUGUCAAAUUACAUGGCCAAGACGCUCUUCUUCACAUCCCUCCUCUAUAACAACACCACGGAUCAUAAGAAAGGAGUUGCUGAGUACUGCGCGAAUGAGGAGAUGUGUAGGCUCACGGAGCAAGUUGUGUUUUCAGACCCAUACCGGGUCUCCAAGUUUAAUCGGUGGACCUCGCCGUAUCUUGACAAAGAUGCUGAGGCUGUCCGAGAGGAUGAUGAGCUGAAAUUGGAAAUAGCUGAGUUGAAAUCAAUGUUUAUCGAGAGAGCUCGGGCUCUGAUUCAUGGAGAUCUCCACACUGGUUCUAUCAUGGUGACCCCCGAUUCAACUCAAGUCAUUGAUCCAGAGUUUGGGUUCUAUGGGCCAAUGGGUUUUGACAUUGGAGCCUUCCUAGGAAACCUGAUUUUGGCAUACUAUGCACAGAACGGACAUGCUGAUCAAGCAAAUGAUCGUAAAGCUUACAAGAAAUGGAUCUUGAAGACAAUUGAAGAGUCGUGGAAUUUGUUCCAAAAGAAGUUUGUUGAACUAUGGGAUAAACACAAAGAAGGGAAUGGGGAGGCGUACCUACCUGAUGUAUACAACAACUCAAACCUGUUGAGCCUUGCGCAGAAGAAGUACAUGACAAACUUAUUUCAUGAUAGCCUUGGGUUUGGUUCAGCCAAAAUGAUCAGGAGAAUAGUCGGAAUUGCCCACGUCGAGGAUCUGGAAUCAAUUAAGGAUGCCAGCAAGAGAGCAGAGUGCGAGCGUGCUGCUCUCAACUGUGCAAAGACGAUCCUGAAGGGUAGGCGCCAAUUUGAGACCAUCGAGCAAGUCAUUGAGCAUAUUCUAUCGUUUGAUCGGGACUGAGAAGACAUCAAUCUAUUUGGCGUUCAGCGAGACAUAUUUUCGUUGGUUAACCUAUGCACACCUGAGUAUUGAUGAAGUGCUUGUUCUGAAGCACCGGUUGUUUGUGCUUUUGGUACCGGGGAUUAUGCUGAAAAUAUCCAUUUCUGGUCCCCUUUUAGUUUGAACUGUGUACAGAGUAAAGAUCUUAUUAAAGCAUAGCCAGGAGCCGAAUAAUGAUUUGUACGAGAUUUCUCCAAGCUUACCUCACUACAUACUAUAGACGUGUGUAUUACCAAAUAAAGUUUAUUCUGAUGUUUGUUUGUUUUUGCCAA